CACUGAAUGCAUGCCAUUACAUUACAAUUAAAUAAUCACUCAUAACAACAAAUGCAGCCUUUGAAUUCAAUGGCGUAUCGUUGGUAAAAUGACCAAAAUCAACGUGUGUAGAAUAUGCCUGGUUCAGGAAUUUCAGGAUGCUUGCCUGUUCCCGAAGGCAAACAAGCAGCUGGAAAUCAUUUACGAAAAGUUCACAAAUAAACCGUUCAAAACAGAAGAUGGAAGGCCGUCGGGUGUGUGUCGCAUCUGUUGCCACCUGCUCCUUAAGUGUCAGAGGUUCGUUGAGAGUGCGGUCAAAGCGGACGAAGUGCUUCAACAACUAUGGAGUAGCGGAGCUGAGAUCACAGAACAAUCUUUGUCUACAAUCGACAGGAAGUUUGUAUUCGCAUCGUUCACUCGGUCACCUGUUUCCAUUACGAACGUCACGGGAGAACACAAAGUGGAAAUCCAGGUCGAAGUCAAGAGUGAAGGAGAAAAGUGUUCGGAGGAUGUUAUUGAGCAGGAUCAAACAGAUACCCAAACCAGCACCAGACAAUCUUGGGUGAAGCUGAAAACUGAAAAACUACCAUCAGGUGAUCCGCUACAACUGGCUGAUGUGCAUGAAGAAAACGUCGAGUUUGAUAUCAAAAUCGAAAACUACGUGGAUGAGUCUGAAGUCAGUGAGAAUAGCAACUUUGUGAAGUGUGGACCUCAGAACGAAGAGGAGAGAGCGCCGUCGUCUGCGAGUCCGGUGCGCUUACGUCACGAGUGCGCGGCGUGCUGCCGGGGAUUUGAGAGCGCGAGCGAGUUGUACCAACACAACCGGGACCACGACGCGCAGAGCAGCGGCGAGUUUGAGUGCGCCGCGUGUCACAUCCGGUGUCGAACCGCCGCGGAUCUGAAGCGGCAUGAAGACGUGGACCACCAACGGUACCCUGGAGAUAACCUCUAUGGUAAAUCCAAACCAAAAGGACUCUCAAAGCAUACUACCACAUCAGAAAAUACGUCUUCAAAGGAAAAGGCACGCGCAAGAAAUCAAGUCCCUCACGCAAUAAAUAUAGAUACAAUUAAAAUUGAACCGAGUGUUGGUCCAUACCCAAAAAGGAAUAAUCGUAGAAACACAAUCUUAAAAACGCCUAAAAAAGAAUCAAAUUCUACUUCCAUCCCAAAGGGCCUUAUUAUAAACAGCAAAAAUCCUCGGUUUUCCUGCGAAAUAUGCGGAAAACAUUUUUUACACAAAAGUGUUGCCACACGUCAUAUUUAUACGCACUCAGCCAACAAGCCACAUUCGUGCGAAUAUUGCGAGAAAACAUUCGCACAAAAAGGCGCUUUGGUAAACCACGUGAGAAUACACACAGGUGAAAAACCGUUUUCGUGUAUGUACUGCAAAAAAACCUUCACAGGGAAGGCGGCUUGCAAGUAUCACGAAAAAUUACAUACAGGUGAAAAACCGUUCUCGUGUGACACUUGUGGGAAGAAAUUCCCACAGAAAAGUACAUUGAAUUCUCACGUUAAAAUACACUCAGGUGAGAAGCCGUAUUCUUGCGAGAUAUGUGGAAGGGCUUUCGUGCUCAAAGCCAAUUUGACUUGCCACGUGAGGUCGCAUACAGGCGAAAAAUUAUUCUCAUGCGAUAUAUGUGGCAAAUCUUUCGCGCGUAAAUUCCAUUUGCUAGAACAUACCACGUCACAUACCGGCGAAAAGCCGUUCUCAUGCGAUUUUUGUGCGAAAGCGUUCGCUGCUAAAAGUAUUUUAAAGAUCCAUUUAAGAAUACAUACAGGUGAGAAACCGUACACUUGUAGAUAUUGCGGAAAAUCAUUUAUACAAAAUGGAAAAUUGAAAGUCCACGAAAGAAUGCACACGGGCGAAAAACCGUACGCUUGUGAGUAUUGCCCGAAGACGUUUCUGCUAAAACUUGGCUUAGACACUCACAGACGAACUCACACGGGCGAAAAACCGUUCCCAUGCCCAAUAUGUGGGAAAUACUUUUCAGAUAGAAGCGUGGUAGCGCGACAUAAAAAACUACAUGCCGAUAAGUUGCCUUUUUCUUGUGAUCAUUGUGGAAAAUCAUUUUCAACUAAACGCGAUGUGACACGUCACAUAAACACACACACAACUGAAAGGCGUCCGCAUGUUAAAAAACGGAACGCGUCCAAAAACGAAUUGAAGACUGACGAGUUUACGAUUAAAAGUUGAAGCUUAAAGGUCAUAGCAGACUUAUCAACUCGGAAAGGGAUCAACACCGUAUCGCCUUUCGCGCGCUGUCAACCGCGAGGCGAGGCGUUUACGUUACGGUGCGGAUAAGGCCCAUAACACACGUGAUGACACCACACAUGACGCGACCAGUUUGAAACCGGUUUGAAAUGGUCGCGUCAUGUGUGGUCUCUCAACGGAAUCUAUGGCAGAAACUUAGAUGCAACUCAAAUGUAACUAGAAGCUGCAGUUUCGUUGCAAUGAGGGCUAUCGUUU